UUACCUCGGAGCCAUGAAUGGAACGGGAGUGUUUCAAGUCGCCACGCCAUCGCCCCGUCCCGAGACGUCUCCACCAAGGAACCACGUGGACCCGAGCGAGCCUACAAAGCACAAUGGCCCCUAUAUCCGAAGGCCACCCAACGCCUUCAUGAUUUUUAUGAGGGAGAACAGGGAACAUGUCACAGCCACAUUCAACCCAAAACACAGUGUUGAAGCCAACAGCAUCCUGGGACAUAUGUGGAAGUCCAUGACGUCGGAGCAGCAGCACAGGUAUUACCUGCUGGCCGCAGAAGAGAGGCGGAAACAUGAAGAGCGCCACCCCAAUUGGUCCAGCAAAGACAAUUAUGGAAGGAAAGUCAAAAGAAAAAGGACCAAAGCGAAGGCGGCCUAAGCUGUGGAAGGCGCCACCCCAACUUUACACAUUCCACACUCCCUUGUAAAUAACUGUAAUAAAGUUUAAUUGUUGCUGAUCGUCAUGUGGUCUAUCUGAAAU